AUUAACCAAUGCAUGAUAAUGACUUUUUCCGUCACUGUCAGAAUCAAAAUGUAGCCUCAAAAUUUUCCCAUUAAAUUAUCAAAAUGGAUACGGUUCGGGAUUCCCCUGAACAACAAAAUUUCCUCAAGCGUCUUGUAAAAUUCAUCUCAUACCCAUUUGUGGCAGUUGGAUGUAAACUAAUUCUCUGGUUGCAUUUCUCGGAACUUCUAUUCAUAAGACUUUACAAUAUUUAUGCCCUUAUAUGUCAGUUGUUCUUUUUUGUCUGCUGUGCACUGGUAUACAACGAAUCCACAGAACCCGAAAAAAAUGAAGAACACGUUCUUAUUGCCCUGAAAACUUUGCUCUUUUACUCUGUCUUCACAUAUUUUACGACGAAGACGAGAGACAUAUUCACUGCGAAUCGCACAUCUUUUUUUCGCAAUUUCAAUCUCAUGGAAGGGAUUUGCAGGAUUGUAAUUGAAUGGGCGAAAGCCGUUAUCGUGGUGUUUUGUCUCCGAGAACAAGGGAUUUAUUUCAAACCGAGCAUACCUUACGCUGCAACCACUUUUACUUAUUAUGUCUGCACCGAAAAAAUUUUUACUGAACUCUUGCAAAAACUGAUCAAACAUUGCGAGUUCGAAAUAUUCGAAGAUCUAGAUCACUUAUACGUGCCGUUGGUGUUAAACGUUUAUACGGUGACGCUGAGCUUUACAGCAGAUUUGUAUUUGAUUUUAACGACUGAUUUUGUAACGUUUUCACUGUGUUGUGCUUACUUUACAAUAUAUCUUAGACUGAAAGACUCCUAUUAUAAUUUUUGGAAGCUUCUCGUGUUAGAAAAGCAGACUUUUAACAGUUUCCGCGACGCAAGUCAGGAAGAUUUAGAUGACUACGACGACAUUUGUGCCGUUUGCUUGAAUAAGAUGAGCAAGGCUAAAAUCACACCUUGCAACCACUUUUUCCACCCUUACUGUCUCAAAGAGUGUCUUAAAAAUUCAUUCUUAUGUCCGCUUUGCAAAGUGAGUUUUUGAAUAAAACAACAAGCUGUAUUUUAUCGUUUUAUUACUGAGUCAACUAAUACAACAAUCAAAAGGUACAACAAUUAUACAUUAAAGGGAGUGUAAACUAAGGGAAGUUUAUCACCAUUUUUAACAAUAAAAUUGACAUUUUUGGAUGUAAGAUCGAUAAAGAAGUGGUUAAAAUAUUCGACAGUGACUAGAAACUUUUAGUGCCUAAUAAUUUGAUACAAUAUUACAUCAUGAGCGUAGUGUGAUUGUUAUGACAGUUUUGAGCCAACUCCACUGAAAGAAUUCGAUAAUUUUAAAUUUCCGAUGGAAGUACAAUUAAAAUUCUCCAAACAAGAUCAGAUACCAACAACAAUUGUCUUUAUUCAACUACGAUACUAUGUCUUUCACAUAAUCAGAAAAAAAUUCUAAAAAAAUAUUUAUAUUCAAAAUAAUAAAUACUUAUCACAUAUACGAGGAAAGUUAAUCUUUACUGAUCCUUUAAGGAAAUAACACUCCAACCCAAGACCCUCCUGUCGAACCCUGAC